UAAUGACGUGUUACGUCACGGUGGCGGAAGUCACGGCAGCUGUGUUGAAAUCUGACCGCCCAAGUCUCGGAAGCUUCUGCUCACGCCGAGGCCAGCGACCGCCCAGCGUCGGGCGGACACCCUGACGCCUACUCUGCAGCCCUGCUCACCUGACGCCGCUGCCACGCCAUGUCCACCCCUCCGUUGGCUGCGUCGGGGAUGGCGCCCGGGCCCUUCGCCGGGCCCCAGGCCCAGCAGGCGGCCCGGGAGGUCAACACCGCAUCGCUCUGCCGGAUCGGGCAGGAGACGGUCCAGGACAUCGUGUACCGCACCAUGGAGAUCUUCCAGCUCCUGAGGAACAUGCAGCUGCCAAACGGUGUCACUUACCAUACUGGAACAUAUCAAGACCGGUUAGCAAAGCUACAGGAUCAUCUUCGCCAACUCUCUAUUCUCUUCAGGAAGCUGAGAUUGGUCUAUGAUAAAUGCAAUGAAAACUGCGGAGGGAUGGAUCCCAUUCCAGUAGAGCAACUUAUUCCAUACGUGGAAGAAGAUGGCUCAAAGAAUGAUGACCGGGCCGGCCCACCUCGUUUUGCUAGUGAAGAGAGGCGAGAAAUUGCUGAAGUCAAUAAAUUGCUCUCCUCUACUUUCCUCCUGAAAAAUGAGAACUGAGCCAGGGAAUCAUGGUAGCUGAAGUCUCUCACAGCUUAGGGGAAUGAUGGCUUGGUGGAAAAGGGCAGCUGACUGAAUCAUUUUGAAGCCUUGAAUUAGUUCCCUGAACUAAGCUUACUGGUUUUCAUUACAUGUGUCUGUGUAACUGAUUUUCAUCUUAUGUGUGGGUAUAAACAAAUUAGAACUGGCAAGGGCCUAAUAGAUUAUAUAAUCCAAUUUCUUGCAGAAGGAAACUGAGGAUAAGGAAUUUGUCUAAGAUCAAAUAGCAAGUUAGAGGCAAAGUCAGAACGGGGACUGAGGUUUUCGACCUCCCAAUAUACACCUUUAUUCGUAUAUUCCUGUUUUUCUGCCACCCUUGAUUGCUGGCAGAAGUUUCUUGGUCUCCAGGAUGACAAAGACUUAAUAGGCAGCUACCACAUACUUAUGACAACAGAACUUAGAAGAUCGGGCGUGUGAAACUGAACAA